UGGCAAUAUUCUGAAUAUGUUGGGUUAUUGAUGAAUGCGGUACUUUCGCUGUCCUCAGCGGCGGUGGAGUAACGUUACCAAGGGGAUGCCGAGGCGACCUGUGGGGGGCCUCAGGCCGUGGAUCCGUCGACAAUGGACAUCAGUCAUACGCUAGUUUACACAGGAGCGAAAAACAAAAAAACGAGAUACUCCGAGUCGGUGCACUCAUAACCGAAGUGCGACUUCAAUUCUUCUUUCUACCUGGUCAACCCGAUCUUGUUGUCGUUGCGAACCUCUGGUCGAGAUUACAUAGCAGAGUCCAAGCAUGGAUGGAAUUCAAGGGGGGAAACCCCUGAGCCGAGCAGCCGAGGUUGAGCAUCUUAUUGAUGCUGUAAAAUCCCUGAUAAUCCCGUUCAUCCGGGACGCCGACGAAGCGGUGCCAUCCAGGGCAGCCGGGGAGCUGUUGGCCGACAGCCAAGGUGCGGUCCGGAAUACACUAGUUGACUCUCGGAGACCGGAGGAUCUGGUUAAGGAGCUUUCGUUCUCUUUGCCUGCCGGAGAAGGGCGCGGCGAGGUGGGAUUGCUCAAAACCAUCAAGGAUGUUCUGAAGUAUAGUGUCAACACCUGGGAUCAAGGCUUCAUGGACAAGCUGUAUGCGAGCACCAACCCACUUCUACUCUCAGUCCUAAACACUAAUGUCCAUGUCUACCAAGUUUCGCCAGCUUUAUCCGUGAUUGAAAGGCACACGGCCAAAACCCUGGCCAGACUUUUCGGCUUUACUGGUCCUCGCGCCGGUGGCGUAACAUGUCAAGGAGGCAGCUCCUCCAACCUCACGUCUAUCGUCAUCGCCCGCAAUAUACUCUACCCCGAAUGCAAGAUCAAAGGCAACAGCUGCGCCACGGGUCCCUUCGUUCUCUUCACAAGCGAGCAUGGUCACUACUCCGUAGAGAAGGCUGCCAUCACCUGCGGUCUCGGCUCAGAAGCGGUCUGGACUGUUCCCGUCGACGAGGCCGGCCGCAUGAAUUCCGAGGCGUUGCGGGCUCUCGUGCUGCGCGCCAAGUCAGAAGGCCGAACGCCGCUGUACGUCAACGCAACGGCCGGAACGACGGUUCUCGGGUCAUACGACCCGUUCGAGGAGAUCGCGGCCGUCUGCAAGGAAUUCAACCUCUGGCUGCACAUCGACGCCAGCUGGGGCGGACCGGCCAUCUUCUCGUCCAAGCAUCGCGGCAAGCUGGCCGGCUCGCACCUUGCCAACUCGCUCACCGUCAAUCCGCACAAGAUGAUGAACGUUCCCGUGACGUGCUCCUUCCUCCUCGGUCCGGACAUGGCAGUCUUCCACAAGGCCAACACCCUCCCCGCGGGCUACCUCUUCCACUCUGCAAGCACCCCGGAGGUGACAAAUGGCAGCACUGCCGCAGCGUUGAACGGCCACGCGGCUGGUAAUACUCCUCCGGAGAUCUGGGACCUUGCGGACUUGACCCUGCAGUGCGGCCGCCGCGCCGACAGCCUCAAGCUGGCGUUGAGCUGGAUCUAUUACGGCGCUGCCGGCUUCGAGCGGCAAAUCGAUGGCGCGUUUGAGCUCGCGGGAUACCUUGCCGACUUGCUCGUACAGAGGCACGAUUUUGUGCUGGUCUCGGAGAACCCGCCGCCGUGUCUGCAGGUGUGCUUUUACUAUGCCCCUGGAGGACGGCUGCCGGACGAGCCCGAAGAGAAUACGCGGCGCACGAGAGUCAUAGUGGAGAGGCUUGUCCCUAGGGGGUACAUGGUGGACUACGCGCCAGGCAAGAAGGGGAGCUUCUUCAGGGUGGUGGUGAAUUUCCAGACGCUGAAGGGGACAGUGGAGGGGUUGGUGAAGGCUCUUGUGGCUGUGGGGGAGGAGUCCACAUUGUGAAGGCCUUGGUCGUUAAAUGUGCAGGGUUCUUGCAUUGGGCAGCAUGUGGAACACCUGAAUUGGCUGGGGUUUUCCCAGGUCCUCAUCGGAGAGCCGAUUGGCAAUGGCGGACUUGAUACGGCAUCAAGAUCGAAAUAAACAUCGCAUUUGUCAUACGUAUAUCAUCUGCUUGAUCCAAUCUGUUCCACUCUGAGAAAGAAAUCUCCAGAAGCACCUGUACCAAGGCUU